AUGUGAAAUGUUUAGCUCGCGAGUUUGACUCAUGACUCGCAAGCGGUUUAUUACCUUGGAUCGGUGCCCAGGUGUGUUGGUUGAUGAACACCAAUCAUAUACAGGUACUGAUGGGGGGAGAAAAGGGUGAGGUCGACGUAGCGUUUUACGCUGAGAAGCAGCACUCAAGCACACUGUCAUCGCGGGUAACAACGUGGUUUCCUAUAUGAAAGCCAUCAGUUUGGACUAAGAAUUGUGAUAGACACUCGCACGGCUCACUGCUGAACUUGACAUCAAUGGGAAUAUAAUCGAAGAAACUGAAUUCAGAGGAAGAUGCACGUAACGGAUGUUUGUCAUGCUCCCAAAAAGCAAGUGUAGGAUCAACUAACAUUGAUCCCCAAGGAAGAACAAAGAAACAGAGCGGUGCUUCAACGCAAGCACAUUCUGUGUUGUGUGUCUCCCCACCAUUUCCUGUAGAGACCAACAUCCUUUCUUGCUUCUCAAUUGUUGCCUUCUCUUAACUGAGCUGUUGUAAAAUGAGAAAGACGUAUACUAAAUUCCUCAUCUUAGCAGUAGCUAGCAGCCUUUGCUUAGUCAUAUUCUAUUCCCAACUAAAGGAUGUGGAACUCACACAAAGAGACUUGGCCAGACACCCUUCGGUUACAAUUGUCACUCCUAGAAAACCCACAACUGUAGUCAUAAGCACCAUAAAAAAGAAAACCAAAAGUGUUAUGCUGGUUGAACGUCCACCCCUUACUAUUUCUGAGGAUUUCAGAAAAGACAUUCCCAAAAAUGGUGCCUUCUGGAACCGAAAACUUCAUUCUCUCCUCAGGCAGUUUGACUCCGCCAACAAUAAAACGCGCAAGGACCCACAUAUGAAGUUUCACUGUCAACCGGAGAGUUCUGAGUUGCUACAAACCAACAUUCAGGAUAUUCAGUCGUAUCCUCCUCUUUAUGGAGACUUCCUUAAAGGCAUGGAGUGUCGAAACCCACCACUUCUUCAUGAUCAGCCUGGCAAGUGUGCAUCAGAUCAAAUUUUCCUUCUCUUUGCAAUCAAAUCCAUCCCAAAGCACUUCGAGAGGCGCCAAGCAGUCCGAGAGACCUGGGGAAGAGAAGGGUUGUAUGAAAACGGACUUCAGGUACGAACGGUCUUUCUGCUGGGUCGAUCAUCUGCAGAUGAUCCCCCUCUCGACAAAAUAGUUUCAUUUGAAGCUCAGCAGUUUCAAGACCUGCUCGUUUGGGAUUUUCACGACACCUUUUACAAUCUGACUCUCAAGGAGCAUGUGUUCUUCAAGUGGAUGAUGGAUCGCUGUCCUCAGGUGUCUUUCGUUUUUAAGGGCGACGAUGAUGUUUUUGCCAACACUCAAGCGGUAUUGAAUCAUCUGAAGUCUUUGGAGCCCGAACAGGCCUCGUCGUUGUACACCGGGCAGAUCAUUUCUGAUGCCACACCGUUACGGGACCCUAAGAUCAAAUAUUAUGUUCCUCAGUCUUUCUAUGAAGGCCCUUACCCUCCUUAUGCUGGCGGCGGUGGAUUCCUCUUUUCUGGAAACCUUCUCCCAUCUCUUUAUCAUGUUUCCUUUUACAUACCCUUCUACCCUAUUGAUGACGUCUACAACGGGAUGUGCUUUAAAGCAAUUGGAAUCACUCCGACCAAACACGAUGGUUUCAAGACAUUCGACAUUCGGGAACAAGAUCGAGAGAACCCCUGUGUGCACAAAGACUUGCUCCUGGUGCACCAACGCAACCCUCAGCAGACCAUGAGACUGUGGAAAAAUAUGCACAGCUCCAUGUUGACCUGCUGAUAUGUUUGGUGAACGGACCAUUAUUAGACCAUUUAGCUGUUGUGCUUGAUAAAGCCCCAUGUUGGAUAAGAAUAAGCUGGUAAAAAUACUGUGCAUUAAAAUAUGAGACUCUGGAUGAAGACUAUUUUUGGUUAGUUUUUACUUGAGUUGAAAUGACUUUGGUUUGUUUCAUUAUUGUACUUGAAAGAAAACAUAUGGUCAUGAACACCAUUUAUGUUUCUGUGCAAUUGACACUGAACUCUUUAUAGGUUAACUUUUAAGGCAGUGUUUCCUAACCCUUCCCACCAACACUACACAUUUUUGAACCUGAUUCAACUCAUCUGCUCCUUACUAGAGACUUCAAGACCAGAAAUAGAUGGGUCAGAUAAGGGAGACAUCCAAAAUGUGCACUGUUGGUGUGAGGAUGGGUGACAGAAUUUUAUAUUUGGAGGGGGUGAACUUCCUUUAUCGAAUGUCAAGCCUCUUAUGACGUUCAUCGCAUGAUGUUGAUAGAUUUCCCCUUCCCCUUGCAACUGCUUCAAGCUAGUCACGUGAAUUUGUCAACAGAAAACUGCUUGGUUUUAAAAAGUGACUUCUUUGUGAUCUGUGUUUCAUAAUUUGUUGCAGGAACCUUCUUUACCCUGCAAAACUUCACUAAUGUAACCACGCUUUUAUACACAAUAUACAGUAUCAGAGAAGCUGAUGGAUUAAUUCACACUAGCUUUAGGCUAGGGCUGGGUAUUGACACAAUUUUCACAAUUCGAUUCAAUUUCUAUUCACAUGCUUGCGAUUCGAUUCGAUUCGAUUCCGAUUUCAAUUCAAUUCGAUAUGGAUUAUUUUGGAUGUAGUAUACCAGAUACAGUACAUGGCAAAUUUUCUAGAGGAAAAAAAACUAAUGCUGUAAACCAGUCAACUGGUACUACAUUACUAUAAUAUUGAAGGUUAAAAUUAACUUAUUUAUAUACAAACACUUAAAUUACACUCAAUGAUGUUUUUUAUAAUAAAUAAAGUUUAGAUUUACAUAAUAAUAUACCAGUUCGUAAAAAUGAGAAUCGAUUAAAAUCGAGAAAUCAAUAUUUUUUUUUUUUUUUUACCCAGCCCUACUUUAGGCCCCAUUUUGAAAUUUGAAAGUUUUGGACCUUGUUGACUUCAGCAGUUGUCAGUUUUGCAAGUUUGCAUGCGGGUGUAUGAGUAAAUGGCGAGGGUGGUAGUAUUCAUUGGAAAUCACUGUUCUUGGAAAGCACGUUCCUGGAAGAUAGGACUUGUGGGAGAUGAAUGUCUUAUCAGGCAUUAUUUUUCAGGGCUGCGUUUCUCAAAAGCAUUGUACGCCUAAGUAGAUUGUAGAACUGUUAGCACCAAAGGUCUCUACAAUGAACUUAACUCACUAUGCUUCUGAUGAACACAGCCCAGACUGGUGAGCUGUGAUAAGUUUGGCAAUUAGUAUCCUUAUCUGUGAAUCAUCUCUAUAUGUGUCAGUGCCUUGUGUAGUAACGCUAGUAUGAGAUGUUUUAUGUAUAUUUUUGAAGUUCAAAUUAUAGAAUGUGCUUGAAUGGUAUUUAAAUGUCUAGGGCUAGGCUGUUAUCAUGUUCAUGCUGCAGUAUCUGUAUGUGUCUGUGUGAAUUAUGAUGAAUUGCACAGACAAAACACAAUGUAAAGUUCACAUUAAAGUUAUUUUAUGGGUGUUAUAUCUAGAAUAAGAACCUAACGCAACUCAGAGGCUGAUUUUGUGGAACAAGGAUUUUAGAGGAUGGGCAGUUUUAAUUUCAUUUUGAAUAUUGAGGAAACAUGUGUUGACAGCUCUCAGAAAUGAGGAAGCUGUGGUUGGUAAACUGUUUAUUACAGUAACAUGAAUGGUCAAGUACUUGCUAUGUUAGUUUACAUGCUUCAUCUUUUGCUUAUUAGAAUAGAUUGGAAUUUGCAUUCAGACUUAGAUGACUGCAUCAAAACAGGAACACGUUGUUUCUUGGGUACGUUUACAAGACAAUAAUGUACUAAAAAUGGAAAAGUUUUUCCUUUUGCGUUUUUCACGUACAGAUGACAACAUUGUUAAAAUGAUCCCCGUUCACACGGAUCCACAAAAACGAUUAAAAAUGCUGUUUUAUGCAUGCCAGGCCAGUAGCUGGCGAUGUAACUUUGUAUAGAAAUACACGCCUACUGAACACAAAAUACACAUGCGCAUGACGUCAUCGUUUUUAUAAAUUUGUAGUUUACAUGGAGACGAUAAUGCUAUCAUUUUCAAAAGUUUGCAUUUUCAGGCCCCCAAAACGGCGCUGUAGUGUAAAUGGACAGCCAAAACGCAUAAAGCUUUCCUUUCCUUUUUUUUUUUUUUUUUUUUAAACAAGUGUUUUUAAUUUGCUCCACCACAUGUCGUUCCUGCAGGGUCCCUACAAGGACAUGAUGAUGGAAAAAUUCAAGAAACAAUUAUAUUUUAAUGCAUUUUUGUUUGCUAACAGAACAUUUGCAUUUCCCUGAAAAACUUUGCUUUGACUCAAACUAUAUUUGAAUACUUCUGCAAGCAAUUUCUAGUUUAUCAGGAAAAUGUAACACUACAUAGUCAAACUAUUACUAUCAGUGAAAUUAGAAACUUUAAACACAAGUAUUGAAGUAAUGAUUUCAGUGCUUUUAUUUUUGUGGUAUCUGGGUUAGGCUAAUGAUUACUUCACACAAGGUUUUAUGAGGGUAAAUGGUACUGUACAUUUUGUCAGCUUGAUUAUUUUUCAUUGACUAAGGCACUAAUAACUCUGUGGACAUGCUGUUUUUAAACAUUUACACAAUAAUUUUCCUAGUGGCUAGGUUUUAUUUCGUUACGGGUUUUUAGCACACACGGGUUUUUGUUUCCACACACAUCCCACUGAUGUCAUUAUCUUGAUGUAGAACAUUUAUAAGGUUGAAUGCAUCGGAGAACCCUGGUGGAAACUAAUGUGUGAGAAUGUGACAUGAAGUCUCAGUGACAUAUUUAGAAUCCAUAUUGUCAGUUUACGCCAAUAAAUUACAGGGGAAAAUGUAACAUGAAAACUAUCAAGCUAUGUUUUGUCUUACUUUCUUGAUUCCAGAACACACAAUAAUUGCAUUGUUUUCUUGAGAUUAAUAUUUGAGUGCUUACUGUGUUUUCAAUAAUUAUAUUCAGUAAUUAUACAUACUGUACUUAUUCUAAUCACAUAAUUAUAUUUAUUGAGUUUCACUGUAAAAGUGCGAAAUGCUGCUUUAUUUGAGAAAAGUCACUGCAGUUUCAUACAAUUACUGGAUUAUGAAAUUCCAUUGGUUGUUGACAUCAAGUUUUGUCUGUCAAUAUCAGUCAUGUGAAACUGAAUUUUAUUUUAUUUUUUUUCCCAUCUGGUUGUGGAAUUGAGAGAGAGAGAAUAUUCUUUUAGUUACAGUGUGCCUCCUGCUGCUGAACUACAAUAUUCAUUGUCCUUCCUCAGAAAGUUCAUGUCUAGACUGCAUGAGCAUUUCUGACCGCAAGUGUCCAGUGCAGUGACCAUUUAAUGAAUAAUAAAUGAAUAUUGUAUAAAUACAAAUUGUACAAAAUAAAAAUUAUUUGUAUUGUCUUUAAACUCCAA